CAUUGCUUCCUACUAACGUCUCCCAACUCAGAUUUCUUUCCUCUUUUACUUUUCUUCUCUUCCAUUCUAAUCUUCAUCUUCUUCAUCUUCAUUACCUACUUUCUAGUUCCAAACUAUCAUCCAGAAUCAUGAAGUUUCUUCCUUCGCUGUUCCCCGUCGCCUUACUCGCCUUCUCCUUCGCACUCGCCGCUGCUGAUCCCGACUUGCUUCAGGACGUCUGUGUCGCGGAUCUCAACUCCGGAAUCAAGGUAAAUGGAUUCACCUGCAAGUCGAAUUUCUCAGCAAGCGACUUCUUCUUCGACGGACUGGCGAAGCCAGGGCUGACCAACAACUCGCUGGGCUCGCGGGUAACCGGCGCCAACGUGCAGUCGAUCCCGGGCCUGAACACGCUCGGCGUCUCGCUAUCGCGUAUCGACUACGCGCCGGGAGGGCUCAAUCCGCCGCACACGCACCCACGCGCCACCGAGAUCGUCUUCGUCCUGUACGGCGAGCUCSACGUAGGGUUCAUAACCACCGCCAAUAUGCUGGUCUCGAAAUCGAUCAAGCAGGGCGAGAUCUUCGUGUUCCCCAAGGGAUUGGUCCACUUCCAGAAGAACAACGGGAAGAUGCCGGCGGCGGUGGUUGCGGCGUUCAAUAGCCAGUUGCCUGGUACGCAGUCGAUUGCGGCGGCGCUGUUCGCCGCUUCUCCGCCGGUGCCGGAUAAUGUGUUGACGAUGGCGUUUCAGAUUGGGACCAAGGAGGUGAAGAAGAUCAAAUCGAGGCUCGCUCCCAAGUAGGGCAGAUUUAUUAAUGGAGUCUGUAAAUUGAAUGAAGGUUGUUUUUGGAUUUGUGUGGUUCUUUCGAUUCCUGARUUUUUUUUUUUUCUUUUUYCUCACAGAUUGUUUGAAUAAGGAAUUGGGUUUGGGAAUUUGGGGAUUUGUUCUCUUUUUCUCGAGAUCGUUUUUAAAAGCCUAGUUUGUGUAAUGGCUUUKAAUUAUAGAUUCCAUUGGGUUUUUAUGGUUUUAAAAAUAUUAAUUCGAGUUYGAAMCUA